AUGAAACCUCCAAAGUCGAAAGAAAUAAGCAAGUGGGAUGAAGAAGCCAUUAAUAUGGAUCCCCAUGCAUGUUACGUUCUACGCGUUUGGGGCCGUUGGGCCAUUGGCGGGAACCAUUUAAUGAACGUUUUCUUCGACUAA